AGUAAUUUUUUUUUACUGCCCGGAUUUGAUAUAUAGUCAAAUACAAAGAUUGUUUGAAGUUUUUAAUUGCAUAAACAACAAGAAUCGAAGGUCAAAAAGAAAAAGAAAAAAACAACAAGAAUCGGACAACUACUGAUUCAAAAGUCAACUAGUUGACUUUAAUUACGGUUGAUUCCUGGGAUCUUGAUUCUUGAAACAGACGAAUUUACACAACUCGUAACUCUUAAACUUCAACUACUUGACUUUUGAAACUCUCUCAGUCUCUCUUAAGGCCUCUCCCUGUGAUUUCCAAAGCUAAAACAAAAGUCAACUUCGUUGCUAAAACCAGAGAAAUGGGGAUGACUCUGGGAAAGCCAUUUUCCAUUUUUUCCCAAGAAAUCGAACCGAGAAUAGUGUUGUUCGGUCUCGACGGUACCGGAAAAUCAUCAAUAAUGCACAAACUCAAAACCGGAGAAACCCUUACCACGAACAUGCCAACCAUUGGAUUUGAAGUGGAAAGCAUAAAAUACAAAGAUUCAACCUUAUGCUUUUGGGAAGUGGGAGGUCAACAGCGUUACAAGAUUACUCCAUUAUGGAAACAUUACCUCCGAGAAGUAGCAGGGCUUGUGUAUGUAGUCGAUAGCACAGACAGAGAUCGAAUAGAAGAGGCGAAAGGUUUUCUUAACAUGGUGAUUGAUGAGAUACAAGGGAGUGUGCCGGACAGUGUGGCUAUUCUUGUAUAUGGAAACAAGCAUGAAGUUCCUGGUGCUAUGUCUGCUUCUGAGAUCACUAUCAAGCUUGAUCUCGCUUCUCUUCGGAAAAAAAACUGGCAGAGAAACUGGCAUACCCAGAGCUCAUGUGCACUUUGUGGUGACGGUUUACAUGAAGGACUCGACUGGCUCUUGAAAAAUGCGAGAAGAAUGUAGGAUUUGUUAUUGCGAAAUCUCUGUACCGAAUAUAGCCAUUUUCUGUUUCAGGUUAUUAACCUUGUCGUGCUUAUUUGCAAGCUCCAUCAACAACUUGAUUCUUUUAAAGGAGACAUUACUCGGUCUA